GGGCCUGUGUGAGGCUUUUGGGAAAAUGCAGGACUCUCCCCCAAGGCUGGGAUAAGCUGCUUAGAAUUCACUCCCCCAGGUAGCUCGCAGCCUUAUUGUCACACAAAGCAACAAUAAAAUCAACAUCGCACGCGUCUUUAUUGAACUAUUACAGAAAUGGUGACAGGAAACUACAACUCCCAGGAUGCCUGCGGAAAAACGUCAUCAAUUCGCGGCAAAGCCGCCGCAGUUACCAUAGAGACGGCUAUUUGGUUAUACUCGGCUUUUUCUGCCGGAUCUCUAAGGGCAGGAGACGAUGCCCCGUACCGGUGAUAACCUUUGGGACAUAGCAAUAGCAGAGGUGCAGCAAAAGGAAAAUGCUGGAGAAGGAAGUGAAGAAGGAGAAGAAAAUUCUGAAAGAUCAGUGUUUUUCAUAGGAAAUAAAAAUGGGGGAAAAACAACUAUUAUUCUCCGCUGUCUUGAUAGGGAUGAAGCUCCCAAGCCCACAUUAGCACUAGAAUAUACUUUUGGAAGGAGAGCAAAGGGACACAAUACACCGAAAGAUAUUGCACAUUUUUGGGAGCUUGGAGGUGGAACAUCUUUGCUGGAUUUAAUCCGCAUACCUAUUACAAAUGACAAUCUGAUGUCUUUUUCUAUAGUUCUUGUUUUGGAUCUUUCAAAGCCUAAUGAGCUGUGGCCAACAAUGGAGAGCCUUCUAGAAACCACCAGGAAACAUGUGGAUAAGAUCAUAUCAAGUAUUGCAAAGAACAGUUCCAAAAUCGCCAACCAAAUAAAACAAAAACUUUGGCAAACUAUACCUAAGGACCACCCAGACAGAGAAUUAAUAGACCCAUUCCCAUUACCCCUUCUAAUUGUUGGAAGCAAAUAUGACAUCUUUCAAGAUUUUGAUUCUGAAAUAAGAAAAAUCAUAUGCAAGACACUUCGAUUUGUUGCACAUUAUUAUGGAGCAUCUUUACUGUUCACCAGCAAGUCCGAAGCCCAAACACUCAAAGCAGUUACACGGUCAUUUAUAAACCAUUUGGCAUUUGGUUUAGAUAAAAGCAAAUCUCUCUCUAUGGACCACAGUAAACCGCUUAUCAUUCCUGCGGGGUCUGAUUCCUUCAGCCAGAUCGGGUCUCCGCCAGCCUCUGAUAUGGACAUCAGCCAAUUUCGUGUUCGCACACCCAUGGAAUUAUGGAAAAAAGUGUUUGAAAAAAAUUUCCCCACAAAGAUUACGAAUGACUUGAAAGAGAUGAGAGACCCUGCCAAAGACCCACAAUAUGCAGAAACUGAAGUUGAUGCCAUGCGAGCUCUAAAGGAUCAGGAACUGGAGCAGUAUAAGAGAAAUGCUGAUAGGACCUGGAAGGCAAUGGCACUUGAAACAAAUUCACGAUAGUCACCAUAGACUAGUUCUCAUCAAUGUUAUUUCUUCUCAUCUGGUUUGUUCCACAUUAAAGUUUCUCAUUCCUGUUA